UGAUAAACUCAUUCAUUGCUUUCCAAAACCUAUUUCGAUUUUCUAAGAGAGAAAACGUCAGGCACCAUACAACAUGGGCUUGAAAUACGCGAUCAAAAGCUAGUUAUAGCUGAAAUAUUGCUCUAAUUGUAGUGUUAUUGUUAUUAUAGUUUCAUUUUAUAUGUACAUUGUGUAACUCAUAGAUUAGUCAAAAAUGGAUACGUUUAUCUUAGGAAACCUCGGUUAUGGCGUUUGUUGAUCAUUAAAAAUUUUGUUCGGUUUAUCAUUUUCUUUCUAUUUGAUGUCCGCUUUUCGUUAGUGCUCGUCUAUUUAGUUCGUGUUUACGUGUAUACUCGAAAUGGUGAAGGAGAAGCCUAAUUCAAUACGGAUAUACGACGAUGAGGGGUUUAGGCGGCGUGCUGCCUGUAUAUGCGUACGAUCUGACGCCGAAACGGAGGUGUUGCUCGUGACAUCUUCGCGGCGUCCUGACAACUGGAUUGUGCCCGGCGGCGGCGUCGAGCCUGAAGAGGAACCGUCUGUGACUGCGAUGCGUGAAGUGUUGGAGGAAGCCGGCGUUAUCGGCAAACUUGGACGAUGUCUUGGUGUCUUCGAGAACCGAGAGCACAAGCACCGGACUGAGGUAUACGUGAUGACAGUGACCCAAGAGCUCGCCGAGUGGGAAGACUCCCGGCUCAUGGGCCGCAAACGACAGUGGUUCUCCAUCGACGACGCGCUGGCCCAGCUCGCGCUGCACAAGCCGAUCCAGCGGCAUUACCUCCAACAGCUGAAGAGGUCGAAACAAACCAAGGCAGACGAUAGCUAGAGGGAAUGUCUUCUGGAACUUUGGGGGUCAGUAGUGGAGCCAGCUUGGUGCGUUAUUCGCGAUCCAAAUGUUGGCUAUUGUUUGCUGUUCACAUACGCGGCGGUUUUUCGUUGUAAAUUCUGCUUUGAGGGUAGUUACGCAAGCAUUAUGAAAUGUACAGAUUUGUUACACCUAAUUAUUUGAAUCUUGAAAUGGAACACCUCAGAUCGAUCUAAGUAUAAAAGCAGCUGUCUACCCUCAUACAGCUCAACUGAUUACCAAAAAGAACGGCUACUUCGAGGUUAAUUUUAGAAACGACCAAGUUCGAUAAAAAUAUAACGAAUUGUUAUUUCACAUACGACCCCCUCCUGAAAGUUCCGUUUGACCAUCAUCAGCACUGCCGCCUCAUUUGCAGUGCCGUGGACGACGCCCUGGACUUAUCGAUUUAAAGAUAGAAGUUAGUCAACGGUUAUUUAAUUAUUUUAAGUGAGAUUAUUUCUUAUGAGAAUAUCUGUUUCAUGGUUGAAUUCACAGCUUGUCUAUGAGAGUGUGGCAGAAGCCAUAGUUUGAAUUGAUAAAUGUCAUGCAAAAUUAAUAUUAAUUAUGUUUUAGAUACAAUUGAUUGGUUUCAAAAUUUAAUUUAAUUAAUUUAUAAAUUGAGUUGUUUUUUAUUCCGAGGUUCCGUAAACGGUGUUCUCGUAACCAUUUAUAAAGCGAGACGUUGACUACCAAAUAUUGUGUAUUGACGCAUUGACGCAUGCAUUCUUCGUAGUAAAAUUAUUUAUUUCUUUUUAUGCAAAAUUUUGAAGCAUAAAGCGGCUAUUUGCAUUACCGCUUUGUUUUUUUUUUUCUUUUUUUUUAAUUCUCUGCGAGUUGAAUUGGUCUGAGGAAAGUAUGUCAGUUGUGUGUGCUAUUUAAUGAUAAUUAUAAUAACGCAUUGGUUACUUAACAAUUUUAAAAAUUAAAACUACCAAAAGUAAGCCACAUUUUGAAUUGUGUUCAUAUUUGAGUGCAGCAGAACCACAAAUUAAGUUUCAGGUCUUUUAUGGAACUGAUAUAUAAGAACGAGAGUCCUGCAAUCAUUGGACAGUAAAUAUUGAAAAAAAUGACCGCAUACUAAUGAAGAUUUAUUAUUUGCACAAGCGACACUUAUUUGUGGUACUUCUGUGUAACGAGUGACUGAAAAUAUUGUGCGAUAAAAAAUGUUCAUCAUAAAUUUUUUUAAAUAAUAACACUAUUCAUAGCGUGAUUUGGCGCCAGACAAUUAGAAUUUGAGCGAUGGCCGAUUUUAGGUCGACCGGGGUGAGGGCGACUCGUAACAUUGGUUUCCAUAGCAACGCGAUAUCGAUUGCCGCCAAAAGAAUGCCGUCGACGCCAUCAUGCUUUUAAACUGUAGCUAUUUGACGUCAACUAUACUGAGCUCAACUUAUAUCUAAAGUAAUUACGACAGUAUCAUAAUUAUUUAAUUAUGUAAAGCUAGUGACAUGCUCGAUUGACGUUCGAAAUAAUUAUCAGACUAUUAUAAAAUAUAUCUUCACCUAAUGAAAUAAAACAAUAAGCUUUUUAAUGAAAUAACUUAAGUCAUAUGGAGUCUGUCCCAGUCGUGGGCAUUUUAUUGUAAGCGCUAGGUCUUAAUUUAUAUCCUAAUGUAACGCUAUUUGUACCUAUCUGGAUAUAGAAAUUAUUUUUGUAAAAUAUUCUGAGGUUUUAAUAAAAUUGUGAUGAAUGUGUUUUGAAUUAUUAUUCGAAGUAAAAUAUGAUAAUCAACCUUUCUCUACGUCAUUCAAUAGUUAUUUAUUAUUUUGAUUAAUUGAUAAUAAUUAAUGGCACAUUCUUAGAUCAAUGGACUAAA